CGCUGCUGCCAUGCAGCGGUCCCUUCAGUGUGCCAGCUGUCCGCGCAGAGCGCAGAGCGCAGCGCCACGGUGAAGCAGACCGUCUGUCACAGGGAGGAUCUCCACACCUUUACCAGGAUUUGAAAAACAACCAGAGUGGAUAAACUGAGCGAAACAGGAUCCAUGCAGGUGAGGUGAGGACAAGGACAAGAUCUGCAUCUGCCCCGUCUGUCUGUCAAUGAACCAAGUGCCUCGGUGCCGGCCACCCUCAGGUCACCUCGACCAUGACGGGCGCCAAACAAUAAAAGUCUUGACCCAAUGUCCCUCAGACAACCUGCACAAAGCAAAUAUUUGAGGCCAUUAUAUCUAAUUUAACCAGGCAGCCAUCACUGAAAAGAUCAACAGUGAAGGGUGUUGUCGGGAGACAGAAAGAGAGAAGAAAAAGUAACCCUGCCUGCUAUUUCUGCUGUGCUGUGGGCAGGCAGUGUCUCAUUUGGGAGUGCUCUUGGCUGACAAAAAAAAAGGACUUCCCUCUGCCCGGCCUGCCUAUCCAAAUGCCUGUGUAAAUACUGGAUAGAGAUAACAAUUUGUCUGGGCUCUAAAAUUGCCCAACAAACAGACUGUAAGCUAUCUAUAAAAAACGUUACACCAACCGACUUGGAUUCUGUGGUCUCCUGAAUUGCUACCAAUCUAUUACACCUCAAGGAAGAGUCGAGAGCUGUGUGUACAGGAAUGAGAGCUGCCACCAUUUUCUACACUUAAAUACUUUUACAAACACUCUCACUUGGUUUGAAAUUUUCACAGGGCCAACUGUCUCUGGGGGACACUGGAAGCUGUCAGUCAUUUGCAGUUUUGAUGUCUUUCCCAGCUCAGUGAAUCAACAUGAAGCCCCUAACACCCAUUGGAUCCCCAUCACCUUUAAGGCUCCUCAACAAGGGUCCAGACUACCUGCGCAGGCAGAUAGAUGGCGGAGGCCACGGCCGCUCAAUCAGCGCUGUGGAGAGGCUUGAGGCUGACAAAGCCAAAUAUGUCAAGAGCCAGCAGGUGAUCAACACCAAACAGGAGCCUGUACUGGUCCCCUGUGCUACACCACCACCACAGCCUCGGCGAGCUUUUGCCAUCCCAGGCAGCCUGACACCUCAUCUUUCCCCACGGUGUUCAUCCAACCCCUUCUCUACACUGUCUGGCUCCUUCACCUCAAGAGAUGAAAAUGAGAAUGAUGACUCCAGAAAGGAGAACCGACGGACUUCUGUUGACAUUGAGGCGCAUAACAGGAGCAAUGUGAACAAUGUCAUGCCGCCCAACCCCAGGACUCCAGGAAAGACUUUGGUAGCACCACACAGUGCCCCUGUACUCAGAAGAAGUACAGGCAAACGCAUGCUGAGGCCGGACUCCCUUGUCAUUUACAGGCAGAAGAAAGAGUGCAAGAGCCCCAGUGAUGCAGCAGUGGGAGAGAACAAUAACAUGGAAGUGAAGGGCUACAGUUUUGUCCGGCGCCUCUUCCAGGGCUCCAUGAGGGAUAAGAGUAGUGGAGGAAUCCAGAAGAUGGUGAUUGGUGAAGAGAAAGCGCCAUCACGGGAUGGAGACUCCCGCAUGUCUUGGACCAAUGACAAAGACAUUAUGGAUGGUGGACCAGGGAGCAGGAGGUCAAGUAAAACAGAUCAAGAACGCAGCCCAGGGUCAAUCCCCAGCCCCGGGUUUAGCUGUACACUUGAACGGACUAAGAAUGGAUUUACAAAUGGUACCAGUGAUGGAAUUAAAAAUGGUAUGACCAAUGGCAACCACUCAAGUAAGCAUGAUGACGAGAAUGACCCGUGGAAACGGGCGUCACCACUACCAGCACCCAGAAGGCGGUUUGGGGAGUUGCAACGCUCCAAGUCAGACCUGCGUCUGCGCUGCUCAGUAGUGUUAUCAGAGCAUGAGCAUUUCUUUGACUUCUGUGGGCUGGACAUAGACAUGAUAGAGCGUCUGGGUCGAGACAAUUUCCUCUCUGGUGCCAGCUCCAUAGACACACUCUCACUGGCCCUCCGCAGUGUAAGUGGGGACGGCUGUGGUGGCUCAGAGCCCAGUGAGUUCUCCCGGCACUCAGGAGACGGGCUAUUUCAGGAGGAGCUGGCUGAGCAGCUUCCCACUGGUGUGUCAAUCAUUGAGAGAAACGCACGUGUCAUCAAGUGGCUUUACGGGUGUAAGAACGCUGCUCGAGAGGGACCCAAAGAGUCUACUGUUUAAUACAUGGACAAGGAAUCAUGUGCCACGGAGUGUAGAGUCUGAAGGUUGUGUCUUUUCUGAUAAAACAGUAAACCAGGAAGGAACUAAUCAGUGAAAUCGCCUGGUGUAAAAUUUGGUUCUGCAGCAACUUUACUCUUUGUGCAGAAAUUUGCACUAUAAACCAAAAGUCAAAGAUUUAAAUCAUGAGUGACAUUCAAUUGAUUUUCAAAAAAUAACAUUCAGAAUGGGCUGUGAUGAGGUAGCAGCAUUGAUGCAAUGCAUCAUAGAACGAAAAAAUAGGACUUGGUUGUAAUUUGAGUCACAAGCAGCAAUGUGAUUUUUCAUUUAAUUUUUGAAAGAGUGUCAUUGACAGUCAACUUAGGUUUUGUAUUGGGCACGUAGAGUUAGCAUUCCAUGGCACAUGAUUAAAAGAAGCUGUUUCUUCAAAUGAGAGGACAACAAUUGCUACUAGUUAUCUCCUGUCAAAUUGCUAUAUUGUAUUUAUAGAUCCUAUAGAAGUAUUGAAACUUUUUCUCCCAGCAAAUUGUAUUGUUAUCAGUGUAUGUGUGUGUGUGUGUGUGUGUGUGUGUGUGUGUGUGUGUGUGUGUGUGUGUGUGUGUGUGUGUGUGUGUGUGUGUGUGUGUGGCUGUAAAGUAUACAUUGCUGUCCUCUCUAUUUGUAGCUUCUUUUUAGUUAUUGACUGAACUGGAUUCAGACUGAUCUGAAUUCAGCCCCUGUGACCCCUCACAAGGCACAUAUGUUUACUGUAUGUUAGUCAUGACACAGUGGACACAGUUUAGUGUCCUUGACACCGACACUCUCCCUUAAUGACUAAAUUGAAAUGGAAAACCACUAAGCUAAGUUUUUUCUAAACUGGAAAACUGUUGUGUGAGUGUGAAGUGAACCAUGAGUACCUCAUUCGAUCUGUCCCAGUUUAGUUUGUGUGUUGCUUUUUUUUACUCCUUAAACGCAGGCGUUGGAACAAACAUGCGAAGCACCCCUGUGGGGUUGUUAAUGCACUGAACUGGACAGAGAGAGAGGAAAUGAAAGAUAGGGAUGUUGCUUUUACUCUGUACAGAGAUUCAUCUCAUAUAACGUUAAACACUGAGCUGCAUUCAAAGGAACACCUGCAUCAUAGAAGACAAAAAGCCAUGCAUGGCCAGUAAUUUUCAGCAUUUUCAUUCAUUUUCCAAACCCUAAAGAGGUUCAAUUCUCACACAGAAUUCUUACACUUUCCAAUAAUCACUUAUGACACAUUCAUUGAUUACCCCAGCUAAUCGUUCAUGUGUUCAGUACUCACAUCUGUGUAAGCUAUAGAGUUGCAGAGAUGAUAAAUGGAGAAUACAGAAGAGAGGGGAAAAAAGAGCAAAACUGGAAAAUCUCACCAAAGAAGUUGAAAAAUGAAGCAUGUUCAAAUGA